AUGAUCCUCUACCAUGUGGCUCCAACCUGCGCCGAGAGAAGCAGUGAUGACGCAUGCGUCACGGACGUAAGUGAAGAAGAACGGGAUGGGUGUAAUGAGAUACAGCCAAAUGUCAACCCCUCGUGCGGAGACAGCUCCGGGGACACGAUGAUGGAGUCCAUCAGAGCUAUGGAUGACACGGUACGACUGGCGGAUCUAGAUACAGGAGCUGAAAGCUCCGAAGAUCAAGACGGUGACGAUAUGGAAUUGCCCGCCCAAGCUGGUGAAGGGCCAGUCACCUUUCCUCGCUCUAUAGAGGCCGCCUUUGAGCACAACUAA